AUGUCUGCAUUCUUUUGGGUCACCAUCCUUGGUAAAUCCGCUUGCAAAGAAAAAUCCAAGACGCCCCUGACAUUUUUACCACAGUUGCCUAUGGAGAAGCCCGUCAGCAAAGAAACGUCCAAGGCUGCAGGGAGAAUGCUGCCGCAACUGUCCGUGGUGGAUACAAAGCCCCAGUGGCAGCAGGCAGGACCAUCGUUCCAGCUGAACAUACGGCAGGAAGAUGAUGUUCCAGAGCCGUUCAGUGUUAAAAAUGAACAGUCAUAUGCUGAAUAUAUUGAGCAGUUUGGGAAAAAACGCAAAAUACGAGACCAAACUGAUGAUAUUUACACAGCACCGUCUACUUCCAAAUCCAAGGGCAAAAGUCCGCACAAAGAACGAGAGAACUUCAGAAGCACUCUUGUGAAUGUUAUUAUGCAGCAAGAUGCUGGCGUAGACAAAGCUACCUCUGAUGCAAGCACGUUUCCCAAAAUGGCCGCUUCUGCAGUGGAGAAAGACAUCUUGCGGUAUUACUAUUACAUUCACCAUGGAAUUGAUACAGACCAUGUAGCCCCAAUGGACGAUUCUUGGCUGGAAAAUGUAUUGAGUUUAGUCCCCAAACAUCUCAAAGUCCUCACCGAGAGCAUACUCGGAUUGUCUGAUGAAAUGAGAGAAGACUAUCUUCUCAGUGUAAAAAAGUCCAUAGUCGAUUUUGUUUUAAAGGAUCCCCGAGAAAAGGAAGAUGACAAAAAGACAGACGAACUGCUACCUCAUCGCGCCGAAAUGGAAAUUUUGCCAAAACCUUGGAGGAAAUCUUUUUUAUCUGCAAGCAGUUACAUUCGGGAUCAUUUGAACGCAAUGAACCCUACAAUGCUGGCCCUGCUAGAUCUGUGGCACAGCGCUUUCAAACGAUUGCGGCUUGUGGACGUAGAAGACUUUCACAAUCGGCAAGACGCACUCGAGCUGUCCACGUUUCAGAACAUCGUCAUGAGACACAUGGAAUCUGCCAAAGAGACGCUACUGAAAACGUGGUUUCCGGAAGUGCAGAACAUUUAUUACCAAGGUAAUAAGAAGAAGCAAUUGCCAACUGGCGACAGCAGUGCCAAACUGGAGUCCUUUUUCAACUGCGCCGCCACGCUCAUGACGAGCCAGCUGCAGGGGCUGGCCCUGGCCUCCAUGCAAGACUUCACCGACCUCAUCGCCCAGCCCCCAGAUUCGGUCAGAGCCUUUGAACAUCCAGGUUUCAUCAUGAGGCUGAUCCUUGAUAAUGACACCAUUAAAUUUGAACCUGAGUUUAAUGACUAUAGAGACAUCCUCCUAAAUGUUUAUGAUGUUAUGCUUAAGGCUGUCAGCUUCGUGCCAAGAGUUGAGACAAAACUGUAUUCCAAGUGGGAAAGUAAAUCCAAGCGCACCACCUUGAAGCCGAUCAUUCUGAAUGAAAUUAUAGACGCACACAAAGAAAAGAUUAAGAAAGUGAUUGAGCAAGAAAGUGUGGCCCCUAUGGAGCACCUCAGGCUGUAUGACAAGUAUGAGCAUUUGGUCACCAGGAAAGCUGAGCAAGAUGUCGAUGCUUUCCUUGCAGAAAAUCACAGCUAUGAGAAAAUAAUCGGCGAAAUCCGCAAGUACCAAAAGCUGAUGGAGGAAAUACAGUAUACAUCUAGAAAGACCAUCCGCUUAGGAAUGUUUGAGAUCCACUGUGAGGAGUUAAUCAGAGCUUUGGUGAAGCGAGCAGAUAGUAUUUGUGGGAAACUUAUCGCCAAAAUGUUCAAAGAUCAUCAGGAAGUAAACACAAGAUUAUGUGACGAAUUCGAGAAGAUCGCUGAGAAAGCUCUUAGUACUCCUCCGAAUACAGCCGAGCUGAUGGAAAUGAAGGCUUACAUUCAGAAAGUGGAAUCCACGGACAUGAUUGAACUGGGACAGAGAUUAGUGGAUUCCAAAAACUGCCUUGCUUUCCUGAUUGAGUGUGCUAACUUUUCUCCAGCGGACAUCAGGCUGAAUAAUAAUGUUUUCCAGUGGUAUGGAAGAAUGGGGGAGAUUUUUGAAGAACACAGGAAAAUCGUUAAAGAGAAAACAGAACAAUAUCAAGAAGGUCUUAAGUUACGCUGCGAACGAUUUUUGGAAGAAUUGGAAAGCUAUUCUAAGCAGGCGGAAGAAUUUUACACAUUUGGAGAUCUCCAGGAUGUGCAGCGAUACCUGAAAAAGGCCCAGAUCCUGAAUGGGAAACUGGAUGCAGCCGCAGACAAGAUUGAGCAGUUUAAUACGGAAGAGGAAGCAUUUGGUUGGCAGCCAUCAGCAUAUCCUCAACGAAAAAAAAUCCAGGAUGGUUUGAACCCGUAUCUUCGCCUCUAUGAGACGGCUGUUGAGUUUAGCACCAAAUAUAGAGGGUGGACAGAAGGGCCGUAUCACAAGGUGGAUCCAGACCAACUCGAAGCCGAUGUUGGGAAUUACUGGAGAGGACUGUAUAAGCUGGAGAAAACCUUCCAUGACUCUCCAAAUGCUUUGGCAAUGACCAAGAAAGUAAGGACAAAGGUGGAAGAUUUCAAGCAGCACAUUCCUCUCAUUCAAGUGCUCUGUAAUCCUGGUUUGCGGGCCAGGCACUGGGAUGCCAUGUCCAACGUCGUCGGUUACCCCCUGAAGCCUUCGGAUGACUCUACUGUCUUCUCAUUUUUAGAAAUGAAUCUGGAGCCAUUUCUAGAUAAGUUUGAAGGCAUUAGUGAAGCAGCUAGCAAAGAAUAUUCUCUUGAGAAGGCCAUGGAUAAGAUGAUUGGCGAGUGGGAUGCGAUGGAGUUCGUCAUUCUUUCUUAUAGAGAAACUGGGACAUUUAUUCUAUCAUCUGUUGAUGAAAUCCAGAUGUUGUUGGAUGACCACAUAAUUAAAACCCAAACUAUGCGAGGCUCGCCUUUCAUUAAACCAUACGAAACACAAAUGAGAGAAUGGGAGGGCAAGCUCUUGUUGCUUCAGGAGAUUCUGGAUGAAUGGCUCAAGGUCCAAGCCACCUGGCUAUACUUGGAGCCCAUUUUCAGCUCUCCAGACAUUAUGUCUCAAAUGCCCGAGGAAGGCAGACGCUUUACUGCGGUGGAUAAAACAUGGCGCGAUAUCAUGAAAAGUGUCAUACAAGAUAAACAUGUUCUGGCCGUUGUGAAUAUUGAGAGAAUGCUGGAAAAGCUGAAGAAGUGUAACGAACUUUUGGAACUUAUCCUGAAAGGACUGAAUGAAUAUUUGGAAAAGAAACGUCUCUUCUUCCCCAGAUUCUUUUUCUUGUCUAACGACGAACUCCUUGAGAUCUUAUCCGAGACUAAAGAUCCCACCAGGGUACAACCUCACCUGAAGAAAUGUUUUGAAGGCAUUGCAAAGGUGGAGUUCACGGACACGCUGGACAUUACGCACAUGAAGAGUAGCGAAGGGGAGGUGGUGGAGCUCAUCGAGACCAUUUCAACAGCCAAAGCCAGAGGUCAAGUGGAGAAGUGGCUGGUUGAGUUGGAGAGAGUUAUGAUUAAAUCCAUCCACAAGGUAAUUGGAGAUGCAAUGUUUGCCUAUCUGAAAAAUGCCCGGAUUAAUUGGGUAAGAGAUUGGCCAGGACAGACUGUUCUGUGUGUAUCCCAAAUCUUCUGGACGUUAGAAGUACAAACAGCUAUUCCAAAGGGGCAAGAGGCUCUGGAGGAUUACUUAAAGACAUGUAACGAACAGAUUGAUGAUAUCGUCACCUUGGUCCGUGGCAAACUGUCCAAGCAGAAUCGUGUUACUCUGGGUGCCCUCGUGGUGCUCGAUGUCCACGCUAGAGACGUCCUUACGUCACUCGUGAAGAAGAGAGUCAGUGACGAUUCUGACUUCGAAUGGCUAAGCCAGCUUAGGUACUACUGGCAAGAAAGUAAUUUAGAAACAAAAAUGAUCAAUGCCGGUUUGCGAUAUGGAUAUGAAUACCUGGGGAACUCCCCCAGGCUGGUUAUUACUCCACUCACUGAUAGAUGCUACAGAACCUUGUUUGGGGCCCUGCACCUGCACCUCGGGGGAGCGCCUGAAGGCCCCGCGGGCACCGGGAAGACGGAAACCACCAAAGACUUAGCCAAAGCUGUAGCCAAACAGUGUGUUGUUUUUAACUGCUCCGAUGGCUUGGAUUACCUGGCUCUGGGAAAGUUCUUUAAGGGACUGUUAUCUUGUGGAGCCUGGGCGUGCUUUGAUGAGUUUAAUAGAAUUGAUUUGGAAGUACUUUCUGUGGUUGCUCAACAAAUUCUUACGAUCCAAAGAGGUAUUAAUGCAGGCACUGACAUACUACUGUUUGAAGGAACUGAACUAAAACUUGACCCCACGUGCGCUGUCUUUAUAACAAUGAACCCAGGGUAUGCUGGGCGAUCAGAGCUGCCAGAUAAUCUAAAGGCCCUCUUCCGGACAGUGGCCAUGAUGGUGCCUGAUUACGCCAUGAUUGCUGAGAUUGUUCUGUACUCCUGUGGGUUUGUCACUGCUCGGCCACUGUCGGUCAAAAUCGUGGCCACGUACCGCUUGUGUUCGGAGCAGUUGUCCUCUCAGCAUCACUAUGAUUACGGAAUGAGAGCGGUGAAGUCCGUGCUGACUGCUGCUGGGAAUCUAAAGCUGAAAUACCCAAAUGAAAAUGAGGAAAUUUUGCUUCUCAGAUCCAUUAUUGAUGUAAACCUACCAAAAUUUUUGUCCCAUGAUUUACCACUCUUUGAGGGAAUUACUUCAGAUUUGUUUCCGGGGGUGAAAUUACCUAAACCAGAUUACAAUGAUUUGCUGACAGCUAUCAAAGACAAUUGUAACUCCAUGAAUUUGCAAAUGACUACAUUCUUUUCCGAGAAGAUUCUUCAGAUAUAUGAGAUGAUGAUUGUGCGUCAUGGUUUUAUGAUUGUUGGAGAACCCUUUGGAGGAAAGACCAGUGCUUACCGUGUCUUAGCCGGGGCUCUAAAUGAUAUAUGUGAAAAGGGGCUAAUGGAAGAAAACAAAGUCCAGAUUACUGUCUUAAACCCUAAAUCUGUCACUCUGGGCCAGCUGUACGGGCAGUUCGACCCAGUGUCCCACGAAUGGUCUGACGGCGUCCUGGCUGUCAGCUUUAGGGCGUUCGCUUCCUCAUCCUCUCCGGACAGAAAGUGGUUAGUUUUUGACGGGCCAGUAGACGCAGUAUGGAUCGAGAACAUGAACACCGUCCUGGAUGACAACAAAAAGUUGUGCCUGAUGAGUGGGGAGAUUAUUCAGAUGUCACCGCAGAUGAAUCUUAUUUUCGAACCAAUGGAUUUGGAAGUGGCUUCUCCUGCCACUGUGUCCAGAUGUGGCAUGAUUUACAUGGAGCCUCACAUGUUAGGCUGGAGACCGCUGAUGCUCUCUUGGGUCAACGUUUUGCCUCCUUCCGUCACUACUAUCCAGAAGGAAUUUAUCAUAGGCUUGUUUGACAGAAUAAUCCCGCUUUCUGUUGAGUUUAUUAGAAAGCAUACAAAGGAAUUAUCUCCUACUUCAAACACAAACUUAGUACGAUCCUUAAUGAAUCUAAUAGACUGUUUUAUGGACGACUUUGCUGAUGACUCCAAAGUAAAAGAUAGAAAUGAUCGGGAAAUUUAUUCUUUACUUGAGGGCAUUUUUUUGUUUUCAUUAAUCUGGUCUGUUGGUGCUUCUUGUAAAGACGAUGACCGGUUGAAAUUUAGUAAAAUACUUCGAGAGUUAAUGGAAGGUCCAAUCACAGAUGUCACUCGAAAUCGGUACAAAUUACUCAGCAGUCCGGAACAGCUGCCCUCCAAGGCACUGACCGUCCCGUUUCCUGAGAAAGGAACGGUCUAUGAUUACCAAUUUAUCUGUGAGGGAAUAGGAAGAUGGGAGCCAUGGGAAAAGAAAUUAGAAAAUGCGCCUCCAAUCCCGAAAGAUAUGCUGUUCAACGAAAUCAUUGUCCCGACUCUGGACACGAUCCAGUGCUCUGCCUUAAUGGAGUUGCUGACCACUCACCAAAAGCCUACAUUAUUUGUAGGGCCAACAGGAACGGGGAAAAGUGUUUAUAUUAUUAAUUUUCUUCUAAAUCAACUCAAUAAAGAAAUCUACAAGCCUCUGCUAAUUAACUUCUCAGCACAAACGACGGCAGCUCAAACUCAGAAUAUCAUCAUGUCCAAGUUGGACAAAAGGAGAAAGGGAGUUUUUGGUCCUCCUCUGGGCAAGAGAAUGGUUGUCUUUGUAGACGAUGUCAAUAUGCCAGCUCGAGAGGUGUAUGGGGCCCAACCACCCAUUGAGUUACUUAGACAGUGGUUAGAUCACUGGAAUUGGUAUGAUCUAAAGGACUGCUCUGUGAUCAAACUAGUGGACAUUCAAAUCAUGUGUGCUAUGGGGCCUCCAGGUGGUGGCCGAAAUCCAGUAACUCCUCGAUACAUGAGACAUUUCAACAUUAUAACAAUCAAUGAUUUCAGUGAUAAAUCCAUGUAUACAAUCUUCUCUAGAAUAUUACACUGGCAUUUUAAAAUCUGUUAUAAAUUCCCAGAAGAAUUUCUAGAUUUGACCGCACAGAUUGUUAAUGCUACAAUGAGUCUGUAUAAAGAAGCAAUGAAGAAUCUGCUGCCUACUCCGGCCAAGUCCCACUACUUGUUCAACCUCCGUGAUUUCUCUCGGGUGAUCCAGGGUGUCUGUUUGUCAAGACCAGAAACAGCAGAAACCAAAGAAGUGAUUAAACGCCUCUGGGUUCACGAGGUCCUCCGAGUGUACUAUGACCGCCUUCUGGACAAUGCAGACAGAAGUUGGCUUGUCGACUACAUUCAGGAAAUGCUGAGGAAGCAUAUGAAUGACGAUUUUCACGAGCUUUUCCUGAGACUGGAUUUCGACUACGACGGAGUGGUGGAAGAGGAUGAUUUACGCAGUUUAAUGUUCUGUGACUUCCAGGAUCCCAAGAAGGAGGACACCAACUACAAAGAAGUGGCCGACGUGGACAGCCUUCGCGUGAUCAUCGAAGCCCACCUAGAAGAAUACAAUAACAUUAGCAAAAAGCCCAUGAACCUCGUCUUGUUCCGAUUUGCCAUCGAACACAUCUGCAGAAUUUCCCGGAUCCUGAAGCAGCCCCGGAGCCACGCGCUCCUGGUCGGCGUGGGCGGCAGCGGGAGGCAGUCGGUGACCCGACUGGCCGCGCACAUGGCCGACUACUCCGUUUUCCAGGUGGAGAUCUCCAAGGGCUACGGCAGCACCGAGUGGCACGAAGACUUAAAAGUGAUCCUGCGGAAAUGCGCCGAAGGCGAGAUGCAGGGCGUCUUCCUGUUCACAGACACGCAGAUCAAGAGAGAGUCCUUUCUGGAAGACGUCAACAAUUUGCUGAAUGCGGGCGAGGUGCCAAAUCUCUUUGCCCUCGAUGAGAAGCAGGAGAUUUGUGAGAAGAUGCGCCAGAUCGAUCGCCAGCGAGAUAAAACCAAGCAAACCGAUGGCAGCCCCAUCGCCCUGUUCAACAUGUUUAUUGACCGGUGCCGCAAUCAGCUGCACGUGGUCCUCGCCAUGAGUCCCAUCGGAGAUGCGUUUAGGGUUCGUCUUAGGAAGUUCCCUGCUCUUGUUAACUGCUGUACGAUCGACUGGUUUCAGUCAUGGCCUGAAGAUGCACUUCAGGCGGUUGCCUCCCGCUUCUUAGAAGACAUAGAAAUGUCGGAGAAAACACGAGAUGGCUGUAUCGACAUGUGUAAAAGCUUCCACACUUCCACUAUAAACUUAUCAAAAACCUUCUACAUUGAACUUCAAAGAUACAACUAUGUGACUCCUACUUCUUAUCUUGAAUUAAUCUCCACCUUCAAGCUGUUGCUAGAAAAGAAAAGAAGUGAGGUAAUGAAAAUGAAGAAGAGAUAUGAAGUGGGUUUGGAUAAACUGGACUCUGCUGCAUCUCAAGUCGCCUCAAUGCAGUCUGAACUGGAGGCGUUGCAACCUCAACUAAAAGUCGCCAGCAAAGAAGUGGAUGAAAUGAUGAUCAUCAUUGAGAGGGAGUCUGUCGAAGUGGCCAAAACGGAAAAGAUAGUGAAAGCGGAUGAAACAGUUGCCAAUGAGCAAGCGAUGGCCUCCAAAGCCAUCAAAGAUGAAUGUGACGCUGACCUGGCCGGGGCCUUGCCAAUCCUGGAGUCAGCCCUGUCUGCCCUGGACACUCUCACUGCACAGGAUAUCACCGUGGUGAAGUCCAUGAAGAGUCCUCCUGCUGGCGUCAAGCUGGUGAUGGAAGCUAUCUGUAUCUUGAAAGGCAUCAAAUCUGACAAAAUCCCUGACCCAUCAGGCUCUGGAAAAAAAAUAGAAGAUUUUUGGGGUCCAGCUAAGAGACUUCUGGGCGACAUCAGAUUUCUACAGUCACUUCAUGAAUAUGACAAGGACAAUAUACCUGCCGCUUAUAUGAAUAUUAUAAGAAAAAACUAUAUUCCAAAUCCAGAUUUUGUUCCAGAAAAGAUUAGAAAUGCUUCCACCGCGGCAGAAGGGCUGUGCAAAUGGGUCAUAGCAAUGGAUUCAUAUGAUAAAGUGGCGAAAAUAGUCGCUCCCAAGAAGAUAAAACUGGCUGCAGCCGAAGGGGAGCUUAAGAUUGCCAUGGAUGGUCUAAAGAAGAAGCAGGCGGUCCUUCAUGAGGUGCAGGUCAAGCUGGCCAAGCUUCAGGACACACUGGAAUUAAAUAAGCAAAAGAAAGCUGACUUGGAAAACCAGGUUGACUUAUGCAGCAAAAAACUAGACAGAGCUGAGCAGCUGAUUGGGGGCCUUGGAGGUGAGAAAACCCGGUGGAGCCAAACAGCUCUGGAGCUGGGGGAGUUAUACAUCAACCUGACAGGUGAUAUCCUCAUUUCCUCGGGAGUUGUGGCUUACCUGGGAGCCUUCACGUCCAACUAUAGACAGCACCAAACCAAGGAAUGGACAAGUCUGUGCAAAGGAGGAGACAUACCCUGCUCAGAUGACUACUCACUGAUGAGCACCCUCGGCGAGGCGGUGACUAUUCGGACCUGGAACAUUGCUGGGUUACCUUCUGACUCCUUUUCCAUUGAUAAUGGGAUCAUCAUCAUGAAUGCAAGAAGAUGGCCCCUAAUGAUAGAUCCUCAAGGUCAGGCAAAUAAAUGGGUCAAGAAUAUGGAAAAGACCAACAGUCUUCAUGUCAUUAAAUUAAAUGAUUCUGAUUAUGCUAGGACUUUGGAAAACUGCAUUCAAUUUGGCACUCCGGUGUUGCUCGAAAAUAUUGGCGAGGAGCUAGAUCCUAUUCUGGAGCCUCUCCUGCUCAAACAGACCUUUAAGCAGGGUGGGAGCAUAUGUAUCCGCCUCGGAGACGCCACCAUUGAGUAUGCACCCGACUUCCGCUUCUACAUUACCACCAAGCUACGGAACCCUCAUUAUCUUCCGGAAACGUCAGUAAAGGUCACACUGUUGAACUUCAUGAUCACUUCUGAGGGCAUGCAAGAUCAGCUUCUGGGAAUUGUGGUGGCAAGAGAAAGGCCAGACCUUGAAGAAGAAAAGCAAGCUUUGAUAUUACAAGGAGCAGAAAACAAAAGGCAGCUAAAGGAAAUAGAAGACAAGAUUUUAGAAGUCCUUUCGUCUUCAGAAGGCAACAUAUUGGAAGAUGAGACUGCCAUCAAGAUAUUAUCUUCCUCCAAGGCUUUGGCUGAUGAGAUUUCGCAGAAGCAGGAAGUAGCCGAAGAGACAGAGAAAAAGAUUGAUGCCACCCGCCUGGGCUAUCACCCCAUCGCCACCCACUCCACCAUCCUGUUUUUCUCCAUCGCGGAUUUGGCUAGCAUCGAGCCCAUGUACCAGUACUCCCUGACCUGGUUCAUUAACCUUUUCAUCCUGUCUAUUGAAAAUUCCGAGAAAUCAGAAAUCCUAUCAAAAAGGCUUCAAAUUCUCAAGGAUCAUUUUACGUACUCCCUCUACGUCAACGUCUGCCGGUCGCUGUUUGAGAAGGAUAAACUGCUGUUUUCUUUCUGUCUGACCGUCAAUCUGCUCAUACAUGAUCAUGCGAUUAAUAAAGCCGAGUGGCGAUUUCUGCUCACCGGGGGAAUCGGACUGGAUAACCCUCACACCAACCCUUGCACAUGGCUUCCUCAAAAAUCCUGGGAUGAAAUCUGUCGACUGGAUGAUUUACCUGCCUUCAAAACCAUUCGUAGGGAGUUUUUGCACCUAAAGGAUGGAUGGAAAAAAGUAUAUGAUAGCUUGGAACCACACCAUGAGCCUUUCCCUGAUGGUUGGGAAGAAAAAGCAAAUGAGUUUCAAAGGAUGCUUAUCAUUCGCUGCUUGAGGCCAGACAAGGUUAUCCCAAUGUUACAAGAAUUUAUAACCAACAAAUUGGGACGCAUCUUCAUUGAGCCACCGCCUUUCGAUUUGGCGAAGGCGUUCGGAGACAGUAACUGCUGUGCACCGUUAAUCUUCGUGCUCUCGCCGGGGGCGGACCCCAUGGCCGCGCUCCUGAAAUUUGCUGAUGACCAGGGAUAUGGAGGAUCCAAGCUCAGCUCUCUGUCUCUUGGUCAAGGUCAAGGGCCCAUAGCCAUGAAGAUGGUGGAGAAAGCUAUCAAGGAAGGCACAUGGGUGGUUCUUCAGAAUUGCCACCUUGCCACCUCUUGGAUGCCAACCCUUGAGAAAGUGUGUGAGGAGCUAAGUCCGGAAACCACGCAUCCAGAUUUCCGAGUGUGGCUGACAAGUUACCCAUCUCCAAAUUUCCCCGUGUCUGUGCUGCAGAACGGGGUGAAAAUGACCAACGAAGCGCCGAAAGGUUUACGGGCUAAUAUCAUCCGAUCCUACCUCAUGGACCCCAUCUCUGACCCGGAGUUCUUUGGCAGCUGCAAAAAGCCUGAGGAAUUCAAGAAAUUACUCUACGGCCUCUGUUUUUUUCAUGCCUUGGUGCAAGAGAGGCGGAAAUUUGGACCUCUGGGGUGGAAUAUUCCUUAUGAGUUCAAUGAGACUGAUCUGAGAAUCAGUGUACAGCAACUCCACAUGUUCCUGAACCAGUAUGAGGAACUGCCGUACGAUGCGCUGCGAUACAUGACGGGUGAGUGCAAUUACGGAGGCCGGGUGACAGACGACUGGGACCGGCGCACGCUGCGAAACAUCCUCAACAAAUUCUUCAACCCAGAAUUAGUUGAAAAUUCAGACUAUAAAUUUGAUUCAAGCGGCAUCUAUUUUGUCCCUCCUUCUGGUGAUCACAAAAGCUACAUCGAGUAUACUAGGACUCUGCCGCUGACCCCAGCGCCGGAAAUCUUCGGGAUGAAUGCCAAUGCCGAUAUCACCAAGGAUCAGUCAGAGACGCAGUUGCUAUUUGAUAACAUUCUUCUCACACAGUCUCGUUCAGCAGGAGCUGGUGCAAAAUCAUCAGAUGAAGUAGUGGAUGAGGUGGCUGGAGACAUCUUGGGUAAACUUCCAAACAACUUUGACGUUGAGGCUGCCAUGAGGAGAUACCCGACAACCUACACUCAGAGCAUGAACACUGUCCUUGUCCAAGAGAUGGGACGGUUCAACAAGCUGCUGAAGACCAUACGGGAGUCUUGCAUCAACAUUCAAAAGGCGAUCAAGGGUCUUGUGGUGAUGUCUACGGAGCUUGAAGAGGUGGUUAGCAGCAUCCUCAAUGUCAAAAUUCCAGGAAUGUGGAUGGGUAAAUCCUACCCAAGCCUUAAACCACUUGGCAGCUAUGUCAAUGAUUUCCUGGCAAGAUUAAAAUUCUUGCAGCAAUGGUAUGAGGUUGGGCCUCCUCCGGUCUUCUGGCUCUCUGGCUUCUUCUUCACGCAAGCCUUUCUGACUGGUGCCCAGCAGAAUUAUGCCAGGAAAUACACCAUCCCCAUUGACCUGCUUGGCUUUGACUAUGACGUGAUGGAAGACAAGGAAUAUAAGAAUGCUCCUGAAGAUGGUGUUUUCAUUUAUGGAUUGUUUCUGGAUGGGGCUUCCUGGAAUCGAAAGAUCAAGAAGCUUGCAGAAUCUCACCCCAAAAUUCUUUAUGAUACAGUACCUGUGAUGUGGCUAAAGCCCUGUAAGAGGUUAGAUAUACCAAAAAGACCAAGCUACACUGCUCCUCUGUAUAAGACCAGUGAGCGGAGAGGAACCUUAUCCACCACCGGGCAUUCGACAAACUUUGUCAUUGCCAUGACCCUUCCCUCUGACCAGCCCAAGGAGCACUGGAUUGGACGGGGUGUAGCACUGCUAUGUCAACUGAAUUCAUAAUGAGCAUUAUGACAGGCCACUCCCAUCUUCCUAUUUCAUCACAUAUGGCUGAACAGAAAAGGGAGACUUCCUUUUUAAACAGCGUUUUGCUUCAAUUUGUCUAGAAUUAUAUGUGUAAAUGAAGCAAACAUUUAAAGUGACUCAUUAUUACAGGAUAAGCAAAUGUUCUGAAAUAAAGACUAAAGAAAACACA